GUCUUAGCUAGCUUACCCUUUAACGUGACAGUUGUCGAUGAGAAAUUCGGAGUAGUUAGGCUCAAUCAGAUAUCAAACACUGAGUGAGUAGACAAAACAAUACUUCUUAUUACAAGUCCUUUAGUUUGUUUCUCCAACAUUUAUAACUAGCUAGCACAUUCAAAAACUCAAUAAUAUAUACAUUUUGGUCAUGGACUGGUGUUCAUGGCUCUCCAAAACAAGGUUGGAGCCUUCUCUUGUUUAUGAAUAUGGCCUUACUUUUGCACACAAUGAGCUUGUACAGGAUGACAUAGCUUAUUUUAACGACGAAUUUCUGCAGAGCAUGGGCAUUUCUGUAGCCAAACAUAGGCUAGAAAUACUUAAGCUUGCUAAGAAGGAUGAGAAGAAGAGUACAAGUUCAAGAAAUCAUAUGUUAUGGUUAAUAGUAGCCAUAAUGCAAGCAAAGAAACUUGUUGCUAAGCGUCUGAAAGUAUGGCCUUGUCGACCACAUCAUUCAAUUAGUUGUAAAUUUGCCGUUGCGCCUUUGAGAAAUUACAGUACAAGAUGGAAGGCAGCUAUGCUGAAGAGGAAUACGAAGUUGGCCACUGCUAAACAAGAAACUCCAACUAGAGUACUGCCCAAUGAAGGAAUGUUGAAGAGAUUAAAGGGGAUGCAAUGUUUCAAGACUUGAAACCAAGGUAGAGUCAAGAUUUUUAGUUUAUGGGUUCUGAUACAUUUUAUUUUUGUUUGCUUAAUGAAAUAUAGAGUCUGAAUUGAAACUAUUAAGUUCUAUCGAACCGUAACAAAAUGGCUCUGCUGUGAUAAUUGAGUUUGUUCCAUUGAACUCUUUAA